AUGAAACGUAGUAACGAUAACAGCAAUCAAAGUCAUGAAGAUGCUAAAAAAGCAAGGCAUAAUCCAAAUAAUAGUAGCGACAAUGUUCCUUUAGCAGGAGCUACGCCAAGAUUAAACCAGCCCAUAAAUCAAUUUUCAAAAGCGGAUGAUGCUAAUAUCAACAUUACUAAAAAUCUUAUUGGUCGAACUGUAUGUCUUAGAAAUUUACCAUCAGAUGCAGAAGCUCAUAAACUUAUAAAUCAAAUCAAAGUUGGUCCAUUAGAGUCCGUCAGAUUCCGUCCUGAGAAUUCUUAUGCUUUGAUUUCCUUUAUGAGUGCCGAUCUUGCAAAAACAUUCUAUGAUGAAGUAAUGACCAAACUAUUUUUUUAUGAAGGUCAAGAACUUAGAGCUAGUUGGGGUGAACCAUCGGCUAUACCUGAAAGGGUUCAAUUAGCUAUGAAUGAAAAAAAAGUUUCACGUAAUGUUUUCCUAAAGAAUUUGGAUGGUUCAUUCACUGAAGAGACUUUAUAUAGAGAUUUGGCUGAAUAUG